UACCAAAUCAUGGAUGAGACCAUACAUCAAAAAAAUGAAGAUUUCUCAUUGUAAUCUGCUCCUCACUUUUGUGAUAUAUCUUAAUUCUCUUCAAUCAAGUAAUCAACAACCACGUCAUAAUCCUCAACAACCAGAGACACCGCGAGAGUCACCCUUAAAUAAUACGGGUAUUAUAUUGUACAUUAAUGGAAUUGCUUGUGGACUGAGCCGUGGUGGCAAGAUGUAUCACUUAACAGCAGCUGAUGUUCGAACCGUCCAUUUUAAUGAUGAUGAUCUGAUAUACCGUAAUGGAAUUCCUAUUGGAAUAGCUCAAGAUCAGGUGUUUUAUGAAAGACUUUCAAAUCGUCAUCAUAGUCACACAAGGAGACUCGCACAUGAAGAUGGUGAUUUAGUGUUACGCAGUGGGGCGCCUAUUGCAAUAUACGAGCAUGCAAGUAGAAGCCCCCCGGCUGAAAAUUCCUGUACAGGAACCUCGCAGGAUUCUGUAUAUAUCCCUGUACACGAACCUGUACAGGUAAUCUUGACAGUUCCUGUGCAGGAAUUUGGCGAAGGAAACUGUACAUAUCCUGCAAAGGAACCUACACCGACAAAGAAACCUCUUAAUGAUCCUGUAUGGGUUUUUGUACAGGUUCCUUUGCGAAGAAGAUUGAGGCGUACAGCAUAG